AUGAUCCUCCUCCCUUCCUCUUCUCGCCUUGUCCUGCCUUUUGCCCACUUCACCUCGCUUCUCCUUGCCUUGUCUCGAGAGGCUCUCCAUCUCGUCAAUAUACGACGCAUUCGCUCGCUCUGCUUUGAGACACGCCGCACGCCGCACGCAUUGAAUGGGAGGAAGGGCGGGUUGCAUCCGGCGAGAGCGUCCUAUCUCGUCCUAUCCUGCGGUGUCUUGCCUUGGCUCAGUCCAGGAUCACGGGGUGUAUCCAUACGGAAUACUGUGUGCGGGUACAUCAUACUCCCUUCCAGGCACAGGAGAGCGCCGAAAUAUCCCUUCUUCGCUGAAUUUCAAUUUCCCUGUCGAGCAUUUAUCGCGGUCGUAGUCUCGGCUGCUCACAGCAUCUUGGUACCCGGGACGCCUGACCGGGCCGGUGUGUGUUUCCGCUGGCUUCGUCAUACACAUCUAUGGAUAUCCUCCAUUACUGACAUGACCAUGAACAAGGGUUAG